UGCGCAUGCGCACGGGAGAGAAAUUCCGCGAUCAAGUUCGAUGCAACGUGGGUCGUUGUGUCUGAUCAGCCGGGCGGUGCUGGGUGAGCGCAAACCAGCAGUGCAGCGAAUCCGUGUCCUUUCCAAACACCUGACUUAUUCUAACACAAUGUCGUACUCCACCGUAGAACGAGGACAGCCCAACACCCUUGAUUACCGGGUGUUCUUUCGAUCACCACAAGGGAAAUUGAUAUCUCCAUUCCAUGACAUUCCUCUGUAUGCUAACCAAGAGAAAAACAUUUUCAACAUGGUGGUCGAGAUUCCACGAUGGAGUAAUGCAAAGAUGGAGAUUAACAAGGAAGAGAAACUAAAUCCCAUCAAGCAAGAUGUCAAGAGCGGCCGGUUGCGCUAUGUCAAAAACAUUUUCCCUCACCAUGGAUACAUCUGGAACUAUGGUGCAUUACCACAGACUUGGGAGAAUCCAAAAGAAAAAUUUCCUGAGACUGGUACAGCUGGAGACAAUGAUCCCUUGGAUGUUUGUGAAAUUGGUCACAAGAUACAAGAGCGGGGAUCAGUCAUUCAGGUGAAGGUGUUGGGAACUCUGCUGCUUAUUGAUGAGGGUGAAACAGACUGGAAAAUAAUUGCCAUUGAUGUCAGUGAUCCAUUGGCCAGCAAACUGAAUGACAUAAACGAUGUUCAUCAACACAUGCCAGGAUUUUUGAGGGCUACAUAUGAAUGGUUUCGUUACUACAAGAAACCUGACGGUAAGCCGGAAAACACCGUCCACUGGAAUGGUGAAUGCAAGGGAAGGGACUUUGCAUUGGAGAUUGUGGAAGAUGCCAACAAACAGUGGCAUCGGCUGGUGUCCAAUUCUCGUGAAGCUAGUGGGGGAUCGAUCUCAUGUGCUAAUACCACUCUCUCGGGAUCCUCAGACACCAUCAGAGAAGAAGAAGCUGAAACCACUGUGAACCAGAAGCCUGCAUUAGGUCCAGCAGCACCUGUAGAUCAGGAAGUGAACCAAUGGUAUUAUGUUAUACCAUCACAGUGAGGAGGAAGAGCCAAUUUGCUACAAGCCAAAUUAACACAAGAAAAUCCCUAGAAAGCUUUGGACCACUGCCAAAAAGGCACUUCUUCAUGUUGUGAACGCAAAGCUAGCAUAUUGCUAGGCUAACCAUCGACUAAUUUCUUAUUGCUUUGUGAGACAUCAGAGAUUAGAUAAGCAACUCCUGAUGCCUAGCUUUCAAAUUUAUCUGGCUGAUCCUAAAGAGAUGACGCUUGACUAGUAAAUAAGGCUAGUGGAUCGAGGUGUGGUUAAUGAGCUUUGAUAUUAGUGACAGCUCAGUAGAAUUGGGUUAGAGACACAACCCUAGUCUUAUCGGCAUCAAAUAAAUAAAAAAAUUAAAUAAUUUAAAAAAACAUGCUAAGUCGGUGGUUUUUCAGCAUUCAGAAGCUUUAUCCUCCUAAAAUAACAGCAGAUUUCUUAUUUGUAGUUGUGAAAAAAGUGUGUAGCCAUAUCUUUCCUUCCUAAAUGCUUGCUUUUCUCAGGAAAGAAAAUAUUUUUUCUGAAUAUGAAUUUAUACUGUCUUGAGAGCCUAUACAAAUGUUUUGUUUAAAUGGUAUGUAUUUUGACAUGUUUCUUAGCUUGUUUUUAUGCUGCAAACCAGCUUGAUAAUUACCGGUAUAACAAAGGAAUGAAAGUUUGUAUAGUGGGAAGAGGAAUCUGAAAUCGGUUUACAGCUGUUUAAAAACUGUAGAUUGCAGAAACUUUGAGUCUUUCUCCCUGUCCACUCCCACCCCCCAAAAAAAAAAACUUUCGGGCUUUUUUUUUUUUGGCAAUACAUCCAUUGCAGAGUUGUGACUUCUUUUCUUUUGUUACAAUUUAGCUAAAGAAAUAAUAGAAAAUGUAUUAAGUGCAAGUAUUAGGGAAAAUGAUAGUUCCAUUCCCAACCCCCCAAAAACCUCAGGUGGCACUGGUUUCCCAGCAAUGGUGUCAUCAUCACUAGUGGGUGAGCAGGUGCUAUAGUAAUCACAUGUCACAGUUUAGAUAGGUAGAGCCUGAAUCAAGACUUGUUACAAAUGUUGUGCAUUGGAAUGUCAGCUGUCACAGACUGAGGUCACAACAAACUGGGAAUCAAGAAAAUGGUUGUGUAAUCUUUCUUUGUGGGAGUGAGAAAACUGAUUUGCUUUAUGGCACUUUUUCCCUGCUGUCAAGCGAAGUGUGGUCCAUAUCCCUAUAGGAUCACUUCAGUGUGGCUAUCCGUGAUGUACCAGCAUACCAAGCAUAUGCACAGGGAGUCUAUAUUAAAAUAUUAUAUAGGUG